AUGCUCUCUGGGCUUGCACGGUCACUGUGGAGACCCGCCUCGGCGGCGUCGUUAGGAGUCGCAAGGAUGAUCACCCCCACCACCAAGCAAACCACUCUCUUGAUGCAGGGCCGUUCGCUCUCGACGGUCUCUUUCAGGAACAGCCUCAACAAGGCCGCCGCCACCCGCACCUAUGCCACCGCGACCGCCACUGCUUCGCCUACUUCUUCGUCCGCCACCCCUCAGUUCAAGACCUAUACUCCCUCUUCGCCAGGUCGUCGUUGGCUUAAGCGUGUGCCCCGUGAUCACCUUUGGAAGGGCAAGCCCGUUCGUGCUUUGACGAUUGCCAAGCGUUCGACUGCCGGCAGGAACAACACUGGUCGCAUCACAGUCCGUCACCGUGGAGGCGGACACAAGCGUCGUCUCCGUAUUGUGGACUGGUACCGUCGUGAGUCGGGUGCACAGUUGGUGGAGAGAAUCGAAUACGAUCCAGGCAGGACAGCUUGGAUCGCCUUAUUGAAGAACCAAACCACCGGCAGACAGUCUUAUAUCUUGGCACCCCACGACCUCCAGCCAGGAUCGGUCAUUCACUCUUUCUUGGACAAGUCUUCAUGGAACCAGACAAAGAACGGCAUCACUACCACCCUCCCCAUCGACAAGGGCAACUGCUUGCCCCUGAGCCGCAUCCCCACAGGAACCAUCAUCCACGCAAUUGGAAUGAAGCGCAACGGACCCGCUCAGGUCGCUCGCUCUGCAGGAACCUAUGCUCAAUUGCUUUCGACCGGCGAGACUGGACACGCCAUUAUUCGUCUUUCGAGCGGUGAGGUCCGCAAGUUCCCCGUCGACGUUUGCGCCACUAUUGGAGUUGUCUCCAACCCUGGAAACAUGCACGAGAGUCUCGGAAAGGCUGGUCGUAGCCGCUGGAUGGGUAUCCGCCCUAGCGUUCGUGGUGUUGCACAAAACGCCUGCGACCAUCCUCACGGAGGAGGAAAGGGAAAGACAAAGGGUGGAAAGGACCCAAGGAGUCCCUGGGGAACUCUUGCCAAGGGAGGCAAGACUAGGAAACACCCCAACAAGAUGGUGGUCAGAGAGCGUCCAAGACGCUAA